AGUUCCCAGGUCCACCGGGUUCUCAGGCGGAAGUGCCCGGACUGGCGGCCGCGGGAGGUAGCGUAGGGGUCGCGGCGACCUGCGCGGUGGGGUGGGCGGUGGGGACGCUCCCCCUUUCCUCCUGGUCCUGCGUCAGAUCGCCAUGAAGGACUCGCUGGUGCUGCUGGGCCGGGUCCCGGCGCACCCCGACUCGCGCUGCUGGUUCCUGGCCUGGAACCCCGCGGGAACCCUGCUGGCCUCGUGCGGGGGCGAUCGCAGAGUCCGCAUCUGGGGCACCGAGGGUGACAGCUGGGUCUGCAAGUCUGUCCUUUCCGAAGGCCACCAGCGCACUGUGAGGAAGGUGGCCUGGUCCCCCUGCGGCAAUUACCUGGCCUCUGCCAGCUUUGAUGCUACCACUUGCAUUUGGAAGAAGAAUCAGGAUGACUUUGAGUGUGUGACCACUCUGGAAGGCCAUGAAAAUGAAGUCAAGUCAGUGGCCUGGGCCCCAUCUGGCAACCUCCUUGCUACCUGCAGCCGAGAUAAGAGUGUGUGGGUCUGGGAAGUUGAUGAAGAAGAUGAGUAUGAAUGUGUCAGUGUCCUCAAUUCGCAUACGCAGGAUGUCAAGCAUGUGGUCUGGCAUCCAAGCCAGGAGCUAUUAGCCUCUGCCAGCUAUGAUGACACAGUGAAGCUUUACCGAGAGGAAGAAGAUGACUGGGUAUGCUGUGCCACCCUUGAGGGCCAUGAAUCCACCGUGUGGAGUUUGGCCUUUGAUCCCAGUGGCCAGCGUCUGGCGUCUUGCAGUGAUGACCGUACUGUGCGCAUCUGGCGCCAGUAUCUACCAGGCAAUGAGCAAGGGGUGGCUUGCAGCAGCUCUGACCCCAGCUGGAAAUGUAUCUGCACUUUGUCAGGCUUCCACUCCAGGACCAUUUACGACAUCGCUUGGUGCUCACUGACAGGGGCCCUGGCUACGGCUUGUGGGGACGAUGCCAUCCGAGUGUUUGAGGAGGACCCUGGCGCGGAUCCGCAGCAGCCCACCUUCUCCCUGACAGCCCAUUUGCCUCAGGCCCACUCCCAGGAUGUCAACUGUGUGGCCUGGAACCCCAAGGAGCGGGGGCUCCUGGCCUCCUGCAGUGACGAUGGGGAGGUGGCCUUCUGGAAGUAUCAGCGGCCUGAAGGCCUCUGAGCCACCUCAACUUUAUACAGAAUCGUGGUUCCCCCCAAAAUGUCCUAAGACUUUUCUAGCUCUAGAGGAACUGGAGGAGCAGCCUGGCUUUCGUUCCAUUUGGCUCUUUUCCUCUCCGACCUGGAUGGAUGUGCAGGGCCACGAACCACUCACUUUCCCUUGUUGACAUGGGGCCCUUGGUGAAAAACUAUGAAGAGCAAUACCUUGGUUAUGCCACAGGUUUUGCUUCCCUUCAGGGUGCAGAGUUAAAAGUUUGGGGGGGGUGUACUACUUACAGUCACUAUGUGUAUGUGCAGGAGACAUGUAUCUCAGACCUUUCUGAAAUUGUAAGCCUUAUAGAAAUAAUCCAUCUGAGUCCCAAGUCCUGUUUAUGUUAUUAGGACAUUCACAAUUUAAAACAUUUCCAUGGUGAGGCCUUUUCUGAAAUAGGUCCUUCCUUCCUGAUUUCUGGCAAAGUCCUUGCAUAUAAGACAUUCGAUCGGUUGAAGAUUUCCUAAUGUAGGCUAGUUUAGAGUAAGAGACACCUCUCCUUUCCCUUAGAAACCCUCGUGUAUCUUCUGUGCCUGCAGGGAAUGCCAAAAAAUAGGGAAGGGUGUGAACCCUAAAAGGGAAAGUUGUUACUGUCCAUAGGCUAUACAUUCUCAAUGGGGCUGAAAAUUCAUCCGUCGAGGGGGACAGAAAAAUUACUUAGAGACAGUAAUUUCUGGCUCUCUAAGGGACUGCAGUACACAAUACACAGUGUAUCUGUGGUAUUAAAUUUUCAUCGAGAAGGCAAGUAGGAAAAAUGUCUUAUCCAGCUCCUUAGGGGAAUGAUAAUGAAAAAAAGGUGGCAAAUCAGUGCCAUGGGCGAUCAUUCCUGCCAUCUCACUCAAGUUGUCACUUCCAAAGGGGUUUUGGCUUGAGGACUGCCCCAAAGCUACAGCCUUCAUUAAUUUGUUACCCCACAAAAAUCAUGACACAGACUGAAGAGACAGCUGGGGCAGUACCAACCCGAGCACCUGGGGAUUGGGUCUAAGAGGUCAGCUGUUGCCAUGUGGGCAGGAACCGUGGCAGUGGCACCAGCUAGUAGUUGUAGUCUUCACUGCCUUGCUCUCAGAAUAGUGUUGCCAGCUUCACUUAGAAAUGUCCUUCAAAAACAAAUACAAAUUGCCUAAAAUCUUGACCUUUGGGAACGCUGCCACGUUGUGACUGGCAGCAUGCAGAAGCAAAGGUGUAGCUGAGUGAGCUCUGUACCAUUUUUACUUGAAAGAAGUAGCAAGUUGUGGUAGUGAAACUUGGCUACUUGACAUAAUUUCUAGGAAAUGAAUGAGCCUUUCACUUCAAGGGCAACUGAUAGCAUUGCCAGUGUUCCAGCUUUCAAGCAAAAAUUGGAAUUUUGGAAAGCUCGACAUCUUCCUAGUACUUACCCUCUUCUGAUGAGAUUGGUGAUACUAACCAGUGAUUUGUAUGAUGAAUUAUGUUGACAUUUGGAAGAUCUGCAUGAUUCAGUGAAUCAGCAUUUUCCAAAUGAGUAAUAUGUGAUGUUACAGAAUCAUUCAUGGGUAAGAGAUAUCCAUGGAUCUUAAUGUAACAGAACAGGAAGCUCAUUGAUAGGUUUCAGAUUUCACAUUGCACUUAAGAAACUAUCACUUGUGGAGUCUCGCUAUAGCAUUGAAUAGCCACAAUUUCCUGAAAUGGCUAAAAACUCCCUUUCCAACUGCUUAUGUGUGUGAAGUCGGCUUUACUUCAAUUGUAGAAGCAACUACAAGAAUCCCUGUCUUAAGUCAGACAGGAAUGAGAUUGUACAAACAUCACAGGCUACUCGUCUCCCUGAAUUUGCUUUGGAAAUAAUGUUUUAUAAAAAGUCAAUUAAGUUAUUAAUUUUAA